UAAAAAUCUGGCAAUGGUGCAUGGCGUUCAAUGCAAUUAUUCUAUUCGCGCCUUAUCAGACAGAAGAACGGACUAGGACUAGGGAGAAAACACUGCGAAAUAUUUAGAAAAUUCUUUAGUGUGAUCGUUGUCGUUGAUGUUCGUCGUGUACGUGUCGUGGUUUUCACUGAACGUGUUCUCAUAACAAUUAUCUUCAACAAUCAACAUGCCUCAGCCGAAAUGGUACCACAAAUCUCUGGCAGAAUUGUGUAUGGACAGUAUCGUCGAUAACAUGGAGAAAUGGACGGCAUCGCGUAGUUCAGUGCACGUUUCCAGCCUCUUUUACCUUCUGCCUUCACAUUGUCUGGAGUACAUGACUCUUGAAUGGGUCAAAAGAAACCACUGGGGUAAAAAAAAAGAGAUGUUUGAAUUGCUCCUGAACCCACAUUUGAAAAUUCUGGAUUUAUCAAAAUGGAAUAUGCAUAUCACUGACAGUCUUCACAUCGUGCGUUUAGCAUCGGUCAGAUGUUCGCAACUCACUGCACUGAAGAUGGGUUUUUUCAAUAAAUUGCCAUCAUAUCAAGUAGAAGAUACUUUUACUCCCAUGUUGCAGCUUUUCGAACACCUGCAGAUCCUUGAUUUAUGUGACACAAUUUACGGUGCUAGUUGCAUGAUCAAUCUUGGAUUAACUGAUAAACCAAAACUAAGGGAAUUGCAAGUUAAUUCGUGCCCUGGCGUGACUGAUUCUGCAAUGCAAGUUUUCUGCAACGGUCAAAGUUCCCUUCAGAAAUUAUCAGUUAAUCGAACGGAAGUGACUCAUUCCGGAAUUCGAUUUGCUAUCGAACAUUUACCAGAGCUGAAAGAAUUAAAUUGCGACGAUGAUUCUGAUAUCCUAAGAGCGUUUCGUAGAAUUCGUAAAGAAACCAGAGAAUCAAAAAAAUAUUCUUUGACCAAGUGGUUUAUGUGGACUCCGCCAGACGAAGUCUCCUAUAAGAAAGGCAGCGUUUCAUUGAUGGUUGACAUGUGUCCGUCGCUUGUUGAAGUUGAUGUUUUCUUACAAGUAAACGACGAAGGAUUUACGGAUGAGGAGUUAUUAGGUUUUCGGAAACUUCAACAACUAAAACAUUUCGGAAUUCAGAUAUCCUUCCUACCGUCAAUCAUCUCUAUUCGUGGCGGAGUAAUUCCUCUUCUACAAGCUCGUGGCCUUUUACUUGAAGAAUUAUAUUUAUCGAUGCAAGUAACGAGUGAAGAAGUCGAUCUCAUCAUUGAGAGCUGCCCGAACAUUCGCCGGUUGCUACUUAUUUUAGAAAGAACCGAUCUGCUGGAUACUCCCGAACCGGUGGUACAUGAUGGCGUCCACUCAUCUCUUUGUUCCUCAAAGAAAGUAUUUCCGUUAAGGAUGCUGGAAGACAUCUCUCUGUCUUCUUAUUUUUCAUAUGCUAUUUCACGCAAACUCUUACUUUUGCUUUUAUCUUCCCCUGCUCUUACAGCGGUUUCCAUAUAUAAUAGUUUCACGCUUGAUGACCAGAUCAUUGAGGAAGCAUGCGCUAAAAACAGUUUCAAGUAUUUGACGAAGUUAAGGUUGUACGGUUGUUCUAAUGUGAGCCAGAAAGGCAUUGAUUUCUUCCUGAACGAAACGAAUCCUUUGGACGAAAUUUCUGUAGAAGACUGUGGAAAUGUGAACCUUGGGCACAUGAAAACCAUGGCUCAAGAGAAACAUUGGAAUGUCAAGUGGAAUGAUGAAGAUUAAGAGGUGAUUACAGUAAGACAAUGUGAUCCAAUGUUUUUUUUUAAACUUUCGUCUUUUUUCCUGUCAAACAGCAAACACUUAUUUCCUUAUGUUUAUACUGUAUGCUUUCAUAAAAUCCUCACCUGGAACUCUCAUAAGAUUCUUUAUCUGGUGUACACGAGUCAAGGUUAUAUAGUCACGGAAUUCAAUAUG